AUGGAAGUAUUUCGUGCGGAAACGGGAAAACGUCUUAAAGUCUCUAAGAGGCUUGAGAGUUUGGGUGCUUUUAAAACAGAGCUUGAACAACUGUCCGGUGUCUCAAUAUCUUCACAGAUCUUAAUAACAAGUGCUGGAAUCCAACUUAGAGAUGAUAUAGAUAUCAAGAAUGAACGAAUCUUUCUUUUCAAUAGAGAGCUUCUAGAUUCUAAACCUGCUAUCAAUCUAGAAUCUCUUAAUGAAAGAUUGAACUUAGAACCUUCUAUAAUUGCAUCGAUCACCACACUUGCAACUGAAAGAGCUCAAUAUUCUUCUACCUUAAAUAAUUUGAAUAUUUCUGAUGAAUGCGGUACUUAUGCCAAUUUGUUUCAAAAGAAUCAUUCUCAAGGACAGUCAUUCAUUAAAGCAGCCGCCAUUCAUACUGAACUUUGUGAACGUCUAUAUCAAGAACAAAGAGUACAGCUAAUAGCUUUGGAUGUUGCCCUUUCGAAUCUUGAUUCCCACUGCCGCUCGGUUGUCGAAGUUCACGAGAUAUUUAACACACUUUCCGAAAAGGAAAUUAGCAAACAAGAUAUGUUGAUUAAAAGUUUGCCAAUAGAUAUAGAAAUUCUUCGUAAUAUUUCCGUUCAUCCGGAACUGUUAAAAUCAGCUGGCAUUAGU